CAUCUUCAUAGGAUAGAAAGAAUACACAGUUUCAGAUAGGAGCGUGCAUUGGGCACUUGACGCGCAGCUUGGCGGCGACACACACAGGAAGAUGGCUUCACCGAGGACAAUAACCAUUGUGGCACUCUCCUUCGCUCUUGGUCUGUUUUUUGUUUUCAUGGGUACCAUUAAACUUACACCACGAUUGAGCAAAGAUGCAUACAGUGAGAUGAAAAGAGCUUACAAGAGUUACGCCAAGGCGUUGCCAGGUCUCAAGAAGAUAGGCGUCAGCUCUGUCCUGCUCCGUAAAAUUAUCGGCUCACUGGAAGUGGGCUGUGGUGUGGUCCUGACCCUAGUGCCAGGGAGACCAAAGGACGUGGCAAAUUUUAUACUUUUGCUGGUCAUGUUAGCUGUCCUGUUCUUCCACCAGCUAGUGGGAGACCCCCUGAAACGGUACGCCCAUGCUCUAGUCUUUGGUAUUCUGCUUACCUGCCGCCUGCUUAUCGCCCGCCAGAGUGAGGAUCGGCCUGAGAGGGAGGAGAGCAGGGAAGAACAUGUGAACGCUCAGGAAAAGAACAAGGUCAAACAGUCUUAAUUUUGCCACUUUUCUAGUUUGGGCAGAGCAACAGCAAAGGGAACCCUGUGUGUUUCUUUGGAUCGUCGCAAUUAUGGUUCAAAGGGAAAACAGUCGCUGAGAAGAGGGAUACCCACACACUCCCUGUCCCACUGUCUUGGCUGACUGGUUAUUGGUGUCCCCUGCCCUGUUCCCCAGCACUGAUCCUGAAAACCUGAAGUCCUAUAUAUUCUAUCCAUUACUGUGGACUAUCAUUACAUGUGGCAACUGAAGUGAGCUCAGGUCUUAAGACAUUUGCCCAUCCAGAAUCUCUUCUAAUCACUGUUUAUUGUUCUCUAUUAUUUGUAAUAUUUUAUUUAAAAUGUAUUCAUCCAUAUACAGUAGAAAAUGUGAUCUGUGUUUUCUGUGUUCUGAACAAAUCCCUUUCAAUUUCUGAUUUCAUCUCUAUUAAAGAUUUAUCCUCUUUUUGUACUGUUUAAAUUUUAGAUAGGAAUGGUUCUAUGAAAUGAUUCUGUUUCAUGUCACACAGCAUGAUUAAUUUAGAAAUCAACAAUUUUAUAACUGUUCAAAAGAAUUACAGGUGUUAGAGGUUUAUUUGAUAUUGAUCCGUCAAUUACAGUAUCACAUUUUUUGAAUAAGGUAUUAAAACUAAUGUAGUAUUCUGUGAAGCCUUUUUUUUCUUGUUCAUUAGUUGUUCUUGUUGAUAGUACUGCAUGAAGGCCUUACCCCUUUCCCCCAAAAAAACAGAACUGUCAACUGCUUACUGUUUAGUGAAUCAUUGCUUUGGUGGAAGAUAAAACUGUCAUUGCUAUCUCAGUUUCACAAAAUCUAUGAAGGUGGAAGAGACUUUGGGACAGUUGCUGCAUCAAGUGCCAGGAUCAAAAUUGGCACAAUAGACCAUCUGCUUUGUUAAAUGACACGUCAAAUAAAGAACCUGGCUUUGUGUCUUUC